AACGCAAAUAAACUCGAUCUUUGUUUGUUGACUUGAGAAAAAAUAAGUGUCUCCCCAAGUCUUUGUAGUUUGUCCUCUACAAUGCUAGCUGCUCAAGUUUCCUGGUUUAUUUUCUGAAGUUUAAUCCACUCUUCCCUUUUCAAAAAAUAGGAAAGAAAAAAACACGAAACAGAAGAUGGGCCCAAUCAUCGAUAGAAAGAGUUUGUUGCAAGUAUACAUUUUGCACUUCUUGGUCGUUUUUGCUUUAGGACAAGACAUAUAUCCAGGCGAAUCUAUCACCAUAGACGACAGAGCAAUAACCUCUAGAAAUGGCGUUUUUGCAUUUGGCUAUUAUUAUGACUAUGAGACUGCUAGCAUAUGGUACAACAAACUUCCUGAUCAGACUAGUAUUGUGUGGACAGCGGACGAGGAAUAUUACCUUGAGAGCAAACUGCCCCAACUUAAUCUGUCUCAUCAAGGUAACUUAACAUUCAACGAUGGCGAGGUAUAUUUCAUGGUGAGUUGGUCAAGCAGAUCUGGUAAUCUGGUACUUAAGUGUAUUUCAGAUCCCAACAUCAUCCUCUGGCAGAGUUUUGAUCAUCCUACCGAUACGUGGUUACCUGGUGCCAAGGUCGGAUUCAAUAAGCUUACUAACACACAACAAGUCUACGAAUCCGGUAUAUUCUCUUUUCAGAUGGAUAACAAUACAUUCAACUCUAUUAGUCUUAAUAAUGGCUCCUGUAGGGUUAAAGAAAAAUCUAUCUUUUGUAUGUUGGAAUUAGGCUGGUAUAAUGGUCAAGCAGACAUGGUUCUGUUUGACCACACCUCCGUCUCCCUCGUGUCAAAUGUGAACGAGACAUAUUUUACUUAUUCACUGACAAACACCUCCAUUUUAACACGAUUUAUGCUCAACAAAGCCACUGGGUUGUUAAUUCAAUAUAUGUGGGAUGAUUCCCAAGUCUGGAUGCCAUCUAACUGGAGGUUAGCUGACACAUUUUGUGAUCAAUUUGCAGUCUACAACAACCACCAAGGGAUUGACUCGCAAGAUUGCACAUGCUCUUCUACAGCUAAAUGUCCACGUACAAGUCCUUUCCAAUGUUAUGAUGGGACAAAAGAUGGUUUUCUACUGCUUCAGAAUUCAACAUUUCCUUCGGACAAUGGUCUUCCUAUUGGAGGCCAAGAUGAUUGCAGUAGAUUUUGUAUGCACGAUUGCAACUGUGAAGCAUAUGGAAGAUAUGAUGAUCACAUUAACGCGUGCCACAUGUGGUAUAGCCUGUUAGACCUAGACCUAUAUUAUUCUCCAGGAUCAGAUAUAUAUGUCAGACUUGCUACAACUAAUGGGAUCAAGGUAAGAAAGGCUAAGCCGAGAAGUAAUUCUUCAGUUGUAGGAGUAGCUCUUUGUGGAUUAUGUAUAAUAGUCAUAGUCGUAGUUGUUUUCGUUUGGAAAAGCAGAAGAAAAAAUUAUGUAAAUGCAUUGCAAGCAGAGGAGGGUUCUUUAAAUUUCAUGAAAUACAGUGCUCUCCGUCGUGCAACAAUGAAUUUUUCAUGUAAAUUGGGUGAAGGAGGGUUUGGUUUUGUCUACAAAGGAACCUUGCCAAAUUCAUCGUGUGAUAUAGCUGUGAAGCAUCUCAAGAUCCAAGGCCAGGGAGAGAAACAAUUCAGAGCAGAGAUAAGCACCUUAGGAACAAUUUAUCAUUCCAAUCUUGUGCAUCUUUGGGGUUUUUGUGUUGAAGGCUCAAAGAGGUUUCUAGUCUAUGAGCAUAUGCCUAAUGGGUCGCUUGACGGGCAUAUAUUUUGUGAUAACCCCGGAAAUUUAGAUUGGACAACAAGAUACAAAAUUGGACUAGGGAUUGCAAAAGGGUUGGCCUAUCUACACAGCGGGUGCAGGGAAUGCAUCAUACACUGGGACAUAAAGCCAGAGAAUAUACUGCUAGAUGACGAAUAUAAUCCCAAGAUUGCUGAUUUUGGCCUUGCAAAACUUCUAUGCAGAGACUUCAGUCGAGUGCUGACAACUAUGAGAGGAACAAGAGGCUAUCUUGCACCCGAGUGGAUUUCAGGUGCACCAAUUACAUCAAAGGCUGAUGUAUACAGCUACGGAAUGAUGCUUUUUGAGAUUAUAUCUGGCAGGAGAAACUGGUCCAUAAGAACCAAUGGGGAAAACGAUUACUUUCCAAUCCAGGUGAUGCAGAAAUUGAUGAGUGUUGAAGAUGUUAUAAGCUUGAUAGACAGUAAACUAGGAGAAACUGUCAAUUCAGAAGAAUUAAUCAGGACUUGCAGAGUUGCAGGCUGGUGUAUCCAAGAAAAUGAGGAAGAUAGGCUGUCCAUGGUAAAUGUCGUACGAAUUUUGGAAGGAGUCACACAAGUGGCUAAUCCUCCAAUUCCAAGAUUUCUGCAACAUGUUACAGAAAUCCCGGAGGAUUCUACAGCUUACCAUACAUGCAUUGUUGAGUGA